UGCAGGAGCGGGCGUGGUGGCAGCACCGUGGAACUGACAGUUAAAUCAGCCAAACCAGCCGGCACAGAAGUGAUCAAGCCAAGGAUGGGAGCAACACACGGACGCAGCAGAGAAGCGCUAUAGUAAGCGUAUUGUUGCCAUAGUAACCAGACGCCACACGGGAGCUGGAGGAGGACACAAGCAGCUGGUCAUACGUGUUAGGGUGCCAGGUCAUACAUAUCACACCGCAACUGCAAGAAGGGCGACACGGGCAAAUAUAUUGAUCAGGAUGGGGACUGGAAGUCCUGCUAUCAGCAUCACCUGGGCACUCGCUCUCAUCUCCACCUUGGCACUGAUCCACCCCUGUGAGGGGGACAGGAGGUUCAGAAGAGAUUUAUCAAAGAAGAUUGUGUUGGACAUGACUGAAUCUUCCUAUGAUGAUCAGUACUUGGGCUGCACUGAGGCCAUGGAUAACAACAUCUACAGAAUCCUUCAUGAUGAGCAGACCUCAAACAAGGACUUUGCUGAUGCCUGGGAUUGUGCCAAUAGAGAAUGGGAAAAGAGAAAGGGAAACACUAAGGUUCCCAUUGGAUUUAAGGAUGAGUAUGCAAUAUCAACGUUGGUCUACACCAAUGAUAAGCCAAAUAUUUACUCUCCCUUCAAUAAGGCCGUGCGCCAGGCUGGGAAAUCCAGAGAUUUCUAUCUAAAUCAUUUCCAUUUCAAGGCUCUACAUUAUUAUCUGACCAGGGCCCUUCAGCUGCUCGAUGCUGUGGAAUCACCAACUUGUCACUUAGUCUUCAGAGGAGCAAAGACUCGAUUCACAACUGAGCAAGGGAAACAAGUCCGUUUUGGCCGGUUCACAUCUUCAUCAACAGAUUACCAGAAAGCUUUGGAGUUUGGAGAUGACACGGUCUUUACCAUCACUACCUGCUAUGGGGUCAGAAUUAGGGACUUAUCGUUCUUCCCUAAUGAGGAGGAAGUGCUUAUCCCGCCCUUUGAGAAAUUCAAAGUCACCGAUUUCAGUACAAACAAUAAUAAAAACAAGAUGACCCUUAAGUCUAUGAAAAAUCAUAGUAGGUACAACUGUGAGUUGGUGAAAGCCACAAGCGCCGGGAAUGGAAGUCUUCCGAUUUUUCAUUAUUUUGGCUGAUACUCCUUUGGGGCCCUUUGGGGUCUCUGCUCUUCCCCUGACCCCUGAUUUCUACAGUCUGGAGAUUGGCCUCAUUCCCCCAAAGGUCCCCAGAGACUGUAACCUCUCAAUGUCUUCUGUAAGGAUCUGACUGAUUUCCCACUGAGUGACCUGUAAGCCCCAAGCAGCUUCACUGACACUUUGCAUUGUGGGUAUUAGUUGGUUGUGUUCCAUCCUGUCAUAUAGAGCAGUGGGGGGGUUAGUGUGUGGCUUCCGCUUUUCAGCCAAUCGGCUGCCUCUUCCAGCGACUGGUAUAAUUUGUUCUUAAAUUGUAAUUUGUUUCUCAGCCGUGUGAAUAGAGAGGCCAUGCAAUGCUUUGAUUAGGAGCUGCUUGAGACUCUUUGCCCAUUAGCACAUAUGGAAACAGUCUGUUUUGUGCUGUUUUGUGUGGCUUAAAACCUUUGCAUGUUCACAAAUUUUAUAUUAAAUAAAUGUUUGUAUUGUUA